GCAGAUGACCUGCAAUUCAUUGGUCCAAUUCAACAUUCCACACCAGAUGUAACACAGAACCCAGGCACUUCAUACCUCAAUGUAAUAGUCUGAAGAUGCUGAUGGUGAUCCUGCCUCAACACUGUUAUGGACAGAAGACUACUCUGAGGAGAAUAGUGCAGCCUCCCCGAAGGGGAUUGUCCCAGAAAUGAAUGUCCCGUUGGUCAAUGGGCCUUCUGCAACUGGAGUUGUUUCACUACCACUCUUUGCAGUAGAGGAAUCACAAAGUCUGAAGCUGACUAAAUAUGUACAAAUUCGCCGAAUUAUGAUUGUGGAUGAUCUUCUGAAUGUUUUCAUGGACAGAAAAGUGAUGAAUAUGGAUUUAAAGAUGGAGUUCAACAAUGAAAUGGCUGUUGACAACAGUGGGGUUUCAAGAGAGGUUUACACAGCUUUCUGGGAGCAGUUUCUGGAACAAUGUGAAGGAGAAGAGGAGAGUGCCAAGACUGAGACCUGAUUUUUCAGAAUCACAUUGGGAAGCUCUGGGAAGGAUUUGGGCAAAGGGUCUUCUAGAUUAUGGUGUGAUCCCAGUGAGAUUGUCAAAAGGCUUUUAUUUUGCCCUGUGUCUUUGGUGUUAGCUCAGUAGACAAUGCAGUACUCAUGUCAUCUUUCUAUAACUACUUAUCUGACAGUGAGCGGUUAAUUGUUGAAAAGGCAGUUCAGGGUGCAUUGGAAGAAAGUGAAAAAGAUGAUUUGCUUGAUUUGUUUUCAAGAAUGGGUUCGUGUAACUUCCAUACACAGCAAAACACAAAGGCAGCCAUUGAAACAAUGGCCCAUAAAGCCAUACUACAAGAACCCAAAUAUGUAAGAGACUGUUUUUCUCACAGUCUUACAGAUGUGGAGUUGAACCUGCCUCAUACAGCAAACAUACUCUUAUUGUAUGAAUCCAAAAAAGCAACAAACAAAAAGGUAAUUGAAUUGUUGCAAACAGAAACUGUGUUUUUGUCACAGAAAGAGCAGAGCUCCAUCUGCUGCGCUACAUAAGAAAUGCAGAGUGUGUCAAUAGGAAUUGUAUCCGAACGGACCUGUUUAGGUGCGACACCGGAUGGGGGCUCUUCUUGAGAGUUAGAGACGAGGGAUGUAAAGUUUUUUGUACCUGUGAGCCGAGCUACUGAGAAACUGUUAUAAUAAACGUUGCCCGGUUGGGCCGAUAUAAAGUUAUUCUGCAGUCCUCAUUUAUAGAAAGGAACGAGACUAAAACAUGGUGGCAGCGGUCACGGACUUGACCGGUUGUGGAAUUGUCUGAUUUAGAGUGUGGACGUCGGACGAAAUUACCAUUCAGCUAACCAGAGACUAGCAUACCACCACACAGAAAUGGACGGCCUUAAACCUCCUCCGGCGUUGUGCGUCGACUCCAGUAACCUUGCGAAGUCUUGGAAGUCAUGGAAGGAAGAAUUUAUGCUGUAUGCGGACUUGACACUGGACGAUGACGACGAAAGGACAAAGGUAAAACUCUUCAGUUAUCUCGUUGGGGACGGUGGAAGAGAACUACUCGAAACGCUAAUGGGGGACACCCCGAAGAAGGAUUGGAAACUUGGGGACAUGAUUGAGAAAUUUGAUGCUCAUUGCAACCCAUGCGUUAACGAGACGGUGGAACGCUAUCGGUUUUUCUCAAGAAACCAAGGUUUGAGUGAAACUAUAGACAGUUAUGUGAUGGACCUGAAGGUGUUGGCGAAAACGUGCAACUUUGAAACUUUGCGAGACUCGCUGAUUCGCGAUCGGAUCGUGUGCGGGCACAACAACAACAGCAUGAGGGAGCGAUUGCUCCGUGAGAAGAACAUGACACUGGACACCUGCAUCCAGCUGUGCAGAGCCGCGGAGCUGUCGCAGGCGAAUGUUAAAACUAUCACCGGGUCGGCAGUGGAGGAAAUACAUGUGGUACAGAGACCAGGCCACCACAAAUGGACAAUAACGAAAGUGGACUGCAAAUUCUGCGGGAAAAUACAUGAGAAAAGCAAACACAAAUGCCCAGCAUACGUUGUGGAGCCGCUUGUGCAGAUCUUCAGAUUCAGCCUUUUAUUGCAACAAUGAAGUUACAGCCAAGGCUGGACACCCUGCAGGAGUGUGUCCAAUACUGUUUUACAC